UAUUUCCUAGUACCCAUUUCAGUGUCACUAAUUUUGGUUAUCUUAAUUAACAGAUUCCAUGAUUGAUCACUGUAAAUAUUUUGUUUCCUUGAAAGUUUGUGUCUUAUUCUUUGCUUCCCUCAUAAUGUGUCUUUUCCAAUGUUAGGUAUCUUCAAAAACAUCCUCACUCUUUCUUUCCACUCUGCAUUUUUGUUCCAAUAACAUCAACUACGAAUCUUAACUUGUGUUUUUUUUCAGAUCCAUGUCUUUACUCUUUGCUGUCUUUACUUUACUAUGAUAUGAUGUGUACUUGAAAAGAUUCAUCAAUUUAGUGUUUUUGUUUCAUAUAUUAUAUUAUAUUAUACACACAAACUGUUUGUUUAAUUGUCUGUGUGAAACUGUGAUUUACAAUGGCUCCAAGAUUGGAUUUUUCAAGUUGGUGGAUGAAGGAUUCACAGAAAGGAACACCAGUGGUGGUGAAAAUGGAGGACCCCAAUUUCUCAGUUGUGAAGAUUAAUGGCGCAGAUGCUGCAUUUAGGCCAGUAGAUAAAAACCGCGGCAAGAAUGCUAAACAAGUUAGGUGGGUUUUGCUUCUCAAAGCUCAUCGUGCCGUUGGUUGUGUUACCUGGUUAGUAACUGUUCUUUGGGAUUUGCUUGGAGCUAUUAAGAAAAGGUUGGUUCGUAGACAGGGAGUGGCGGUUGAAAAAGGGAAAUUGUUGUUUAGAAUCAUUAGUUUGUUUUUGUUAAUUUCAUUGGCCGUUUUGGCUUUUGAGGUUGUUGCUUACUUUCAAGGUUGGCAUUUUGGGAAUACCAAUUUGCACAUUCCUCAUACUUCUGAUUUCCAAAGGUUGUUCCAUAUGGUUUAUGUUGCUUGGUUGACGUUUCGUGCUGACUACAUUGCUCCACCGAUUCAGGCUCUUUCAAAGUUUUGUAUUGUUUUGUUUCUUAUCCAAUCCGUGGACCGUAUGCUUCUUUGUUUUGGGUGGUUUUGGAUCAAAUUCAAGAAGGUUAAGCCAAUGAUCAAUGGGGAUCCAUUCAAGGUUGAUGAUGUUGAAGGAUCUUUAUGCAUUUAUCCAAUGGUUUUGGUUCAAAUUCCAAUGUGCAAUGAGAAAGAGGUGUAUGAGCAGUCAAUUUCUGCAGUGUGUCAAAUGGAUUGGCCAAGGGAUCGUUUACUGAUUCAAGUACUUGACGAUUCUGAUGAUGAGAGCAUACAGUGGUUAAUUAAGGCUGAGGUCUCUAAGUGGAACCAAAAGGGAAUCAACAUAAUCUAUCGGCAUCGCUUGGUCAGGACUGGAUAUAAAGCUGGAAAUCUUAAUUCUGCAAUGAGCUGUGACUACGUGAAUGACUAUGAAUUUGUUGCAAUAUUUGAUGCAGACUUUCAACCAAACCCUGAUUUUCUUAAGCAAACUGUGCCACAUUUCAAGGAUAAUCCUGAAUUAGGUUUGGUCCAAGCUAGAUGGUCUUUUGUGAACAAGGAUGAGAAUUUGCUGACUCGUCUCCAAAACAUAAAUUUAUGCUUCCAUUUUGAAGUAGAACAGCAGGUCAAUGGGGUGUUUCUUAAUUUCUUCGGUUUCAAUGGAACUGCUGGUGUUUGGAGAAUCAAAGCCCUAGAAGAGUCUGGGGGCUGGCUGGAGAGAACAACUGUAGAAGAUAUGGACAUUGCUGUCCGAGCUCACCUCAAUGGUUGGAAAUUUAUCUUCCUAAAUGAUGUCAAGGUACUUUGUGAAGUUCCUGAGUCAUAUGAAGCUUACAGGAAGCAGCAACACCGCUGGCAUUCAGGGCCUAUGCAACUUUUUAGGCUGUGUCUUCCAGCAAUUUUGAAAUCUAAGGUGUCACCGUGGAAGAAAGCAAACUUAAUUCUGCUAUUUUUUCUACUAAGGAAACUAAUCCUUCCCUUUUAUUCCUUCACCUUAUUUUGCAUAAUCCUUCCUUUAACCAUGUUUGUUCCAGAGGCAGAACUUCCUUUAUGGUUGAUCUGCUAUGUUCCUGUAUGCAUGUCAAUCCUUAACAUUCUUCCUGCACCUAAAUCUUUUCCUUUUAUUGUUCCUUACCUCCUUUUUGAAAACACCAUGUCUGUGACUAAAUUCAAUGCAAUGGUAUCUGGACUCUUCCAAUUGGGAAGCUCUUAUGAAUGGAUUGUCACAAAGAAAGCUGGAAGGUCGUCAGAGUCUGACUUACUUGCUGCUGCAGAAAGAGAAACAGAGUCAAUAGAACAUCAAAAGAUUCAUAGAGGAGCUUCUGACAGUGGACUUGUUGAGUUACAGCAAUUGAAGGAACUCAAAGAAGCAGUUCCAGAACCUGUUAAGAAAGCUAACAAGAUAUAUAAAAAAGAACUGACUUUGGCAUUCCUUCUUCUCACAGCUUGUGUCAGAAGUCUGUUAUCUGCACAAGGAGUUCAUUUCUACUUUCUGUUUUUCCAAGGGAUGACAUUCUUCCUUGUAGGCCUUGAUUUGAUUGGAGAGCAGAUGAGCUAGUUAGUUUUCAUUCAGAACACCACAUCUUCUGCUGAUUAAUCAUCCAAUAGCAUGUUUCGCGUUCCAAGGAUGCUGAACCCGUGUUGAAUCAACUAUAUGUAGCUUCCAUUCAAUCGUGCGCUGACACAUGACUUUUCUAUUUUCCACACACUUUCACACUAUAAGUUGCAGUCCAGCAAUACAAUGAGCAACAAAGUGAAGUUCGAUCUUUUUUUCCUUUCUGAAACUCUCAGAACAGCUCUAGCAAACAUAUUUUAUUUUAAGUACCAAAACAAGGUUUCUCUGUUAUUCAACCCUAUCGAUUUUUCAUUCAUUCAAACGAUUCAUCACAAGUAUUCCAUAUAGGCACUGGUCACUGGACUCUUUACAGAUAUAGAAUUCAUGUUAAUCUGUUACAUUUAGAUGUAUAAAAUCUUCAGUUUUCUUUAUUUUGUUCUUUGGUUGUAUUUGGGAUUUAAGUUCUGAUUCUAGUUUCCUGUUUCACCAUUCCAAAUGUCUGAGCAAAGUUCAUCUUUCUGUACAUUCUAUUAGUAUCUGAUAUAAACAAUAGCUUCUAUUCCUUCA